UGCACCCACUACACCUUUGCAUUCCUGGUGUGCUGCUCCUCCUUGCUAUCUGGAUAUAUCGAAGGGGUCUUGGAGCCUGCACCCCAUAUCCAUCUGGACUCCUCUCCAAAGGACAAGGAUGGAACAUUCAACUUCUUCACAUGCCUCUCCAGAGCCUCAGGUAUUUGCUUAUACUGAGAGUGAGAUCGGCAGGAUCAUUGGAGCUGUGGAUGAGGACGCUUCUUUCCUACAUGCUCCCUCAGCCCUGGAUCUCCAGAGGCAAUACGAAACAGAGACUAAGAGACUAUUAUCUUUGAAACUUCACCUCUCUACAUUAAGUGAGUACUACAAGUCCCAGCGGAUCCCCAGAGGUAUGCGGGUGGUCCCACCGGACAACGCAUACAAAGGGGACAAGGAUUUCCACACCAAGUUUGAACAUAUAGCUAACAAAUACGCUGCCGACGUGAUUAUUUUGAACAUUGAAUUUCUUCAAAGAGACAUUGCUGCUACAAGUGACAAAGUAAAGACACUGGAAUCUACCUUGGAAACAAUACUGUCUAGCGAUGAUUACACUAAAUUAUGUUCCAAACAAUCUUCCUUCUUGGCAAAACUCAAAACAGAACAAGAAAACAUCAAACGUCACAAAUGGUACCGUGAUGUGCAAGACUACCAAAAUGGCCGCAUAUACAAUUGGGGCGACUUGUCCACCAACACCAGGAGGACAAGACGUUUGAAGGACCAACCGGGGACCUCACGCCAGAACGCUCGUCCUACUGAACCAGCAUCCAGUUCACCUACUGCCCCCCAGGAUUUUUUAGGGGCACGCCAGACUCAUACCAGCGACCCACCAGAAGGGGAGGUCAUAAAUGGAAACGAUCCCUCAAGAACCAGAAGCCGGGGCGUGAGGACGACACAGUUGAAGACCAAACCACCAAAAAAAUAGUGAUGAUCAGGGGACACGUCGAUCAAACACCACUGACCAUCAUCUAUCUGAUCACUCUACCAGUUCUAGACCCUUACCACCCGAGUGCAGCCAACCAAGAAUGAAAUUGCUCUCAUCUACGUUUUUUGUAUUUUUCCUCUAUACACACCUUUAUGUGAGCCAGAUCAACUGACAAACACAGCUAUACAGUGAUACAUGUGUAUACAUACGUGCAUGUACAAAAUCAUGUUCCUAUGUAUAUACUAUAUACCAUACAGUUGCUCCACACAACUUGCC